GCAGAGGAAGAAAUCACACAUCAACAAAACCCUGCAGCUCAGUACGCUAUCAAGGCAACAUUUUAGGAAAGCUGUCGGAACGUAGAGUUACGUUUUACUCUGACACCUCGUUCAAUGCACUUAGAAUAAAACAUGUCGUGUGCAGAAGAUACAGGAGAGCACGCGCUUGCAGAUGGGGGGAAGGAGCUGCCUUUGUGUGGGUCAGAGGAGCAGGGCUUUAAACCAGGACCGGGGGUCGGUCAACCCCCCUCCGCCAGGUUCCUGCAGGUGGAGCUGGAGCUGAACGCCCACCUCCGCCGGCUGUCCUUCAGUGAGCCCGUCCGGCACAUCUACAACCCACUGGAGUACGCCUGGGACACGCACCGCUGCUACGUGCAGAGGUACUGUCGCCCCGGACAGAGGAUCCUGUUUCUAGGGAUGAAUCCGGGACCUUUCGGCAUGGCACAGACCGGGGUCCCGUUUGGUGAGGUGAGCUCAGUUGUGGAUUGGCUGCAGAUCACAGGGGAGGUGGGUCAUCCUCAGGACGAGCAUCCAAAGCGGCGGAUCACAGGACUUGCCUGCACUCAGAAGGAAGUGAGCGGCGCACGUUUCUGGGGCUUCUUCAGGAAGCUGUGUGGUGAACCAGCACUGUUCUUCCAGCACUGCUUUGUGCACAAUCUAUGUCCGCUCAUGUUCCUCGGGGCCAGUGGGAAGAAUCUAACCCCCCCUGAGCUGCCUGCAGGUGAGCGGGAGGCCCUCCUUGCCCUGUGUGACAUUGCUCUGUGCCAGGCAGUGGAGGCUCUGGGUGUCUCCAUGGUGAUCGGGGUUGGGAGGGUGGCAGAGCAGCGAGCGAGGAAAGCCCUGUCCGCAGCAGGGGUUAGGGUCCGAGUCGAGGGCAUUAUGCACCCGUCACCCAGGAACCCUCGAGCCAAUAAGGGCUGGGAGGAAGUAGCCAGAGCCAAGCUGGAAGAACUCGGUGUGUUGUCACUGCUGAACAAGGACAACCUGUGAGCUAACACACCUUCUCUGACACGGGCCUUAUCAACAGCAGCCCACUACCUCUGAAAAUCGACCAGGAUGUGAGAAGUUUGAGUUAGAGACUUUAGUGUGUGUGAUGUGAUCAAUGGGUUAGUGUUCUUCUUAAAAGGGCAGGAUCACAAUUCCCCUUACAGAUCAGUCUGUAUUUGAGCUGCUCCAAGGAGAUCUCGUCAUACUAUCCCACGUCUGGCAUCACAACUGUCAGCGUAUGCAAACUUUAUUUUUCUGUAAACAUUGAUUUGUCUGUUUAUCUGAAGGUAGCAUGCUGAGCACAGCACUAUGGUAUUAGGCAUUUAUUGUAAGAAAAAAACAACACUACUGUCUGUACUGUAUAUGCUUGUAAGUCUAUAGUCAACGUGUAAGCUCAGUGUUCGGUGAGAAUGCUGUGUUUAGGAGUUGUUGUCAGGUAAUAGCAUUAAUUCAACUUCUUAGGAAUAUAUUAAUACAGGCAUUACAAAUUGUCCGGACAUGUAUCCUGUGUAUUGGGACACACACUGACCACUAAACAUGUCGAAAGAGAAAAAUGUAUUUCACAAUGCGGUGCUUUCCAUGCACAUAUUAGGUAUUUGAUUUACCUUUAAAAAGGUAUUCAAUCAUUUACCAAGUUGAACAUUUAUCAUUAUUAUCAUAUACAUUAUAUAAACAAGGUCUUUCAUGUCCUAUGUUUCCGAAGAAAAUUAAGCUGUAUAGGUGCAGUCCUCAGGAAGAAAAACAUACUCGGAGUAGUAGCCUGUUACAGCAGGCUCACCGCUGAGUAGUUUAUUUUAUAUUCCCCUAUUUAGCGUGCUUUUAUAUUAUUUAUUUUACGUGUGCUUGCCUUUUUACUUAUUAUGUUGAUCUUCGACUCUACUUUUGUCUGCACGGUCCCUUUGCUGUAUCACUGUACAUUACCUCGCUGUGGGACAAAUAAAGGCUUUCUUAUUGUGAUACUCACUGUAGCAUUUACAUGGUAACCUUACAAAGUUCAGAAACAUAUUUUGUAGAUGUACAGUUGUAAAUAUUUGAUACUGGACCACCGUACAAUACUAUUUGUUGUAUUCUUUAUUUAAAUGUCUUAUUCAUUGUUUUUAUUUCAAUAAUGUAUUUUAUAUGUUCAAACAACGAUUGUAUCCACAAUGUGAACAUUCAAUGUGAAUGUGUCUCCCUCGAAGAUUAAAGAUAAAGGCUUACUGACAA